AUGUACAAUAUGAUCCUACAGAUCGUUUGGGCACUGUCAGCUGUCACCCUGAUGUUGAUACAGACUCACGCGCAGUCUGUGUCAGAGGAUAAAUGUGCAACGGGCGUUCAUGCUAUUAUCGCUAGGGGGCAAGGCGGAGGCGAUGAUCUGAAUGUAAUGAGCACUCUUUCAGACCUGAUCCUGAAGCAGAUCCCCGGCUCGACAACCCUCGGCUUACCCUACGAUCAUGAAAACGUCUUAACUAAUUUGGACAAACUGUAUACUGUUCACGACGGUACGCUUCUGAUGCAGCAGUUUGUGCAGGAGUACAGUGAAAGCUGCCCCCAAACUAAGAUCGUGGGAGCAGUUAUCAUGAUGGAUUCUCUGUGCGGAACCAGUGAAGUCGGAGUCCUCUUCGUCGCCCCUCUUGCGCGGACCUAUAACUCGACUAUCAUAGCUGCGAUUGCGUAUGGUGAUGAGACAUACUUUCCUGGUAUGCCGUGGAAUGUGGGCAAUUGCACACUGGGUAUAGGCAUGUAUCAGCUUCUUCCUCGGCUAAACCCAGCCUUAUGUGGACCAUUUACUAGUUCAAUUCACAGCUAUUGUGAUUACGGUGAUGAGCAAUGCUGCUCGCCAUACCCCGAAGACGGAAAUGCCGCACACCACGGCUACAUAUGGAAAUACAAUCAGGACGUUGUGGACUUCAUCAAACAUCGUCUGGCCACGAUUGAUUAG